AAGCGGAAGUGAGCAUGGUUCCAUGUUUACGGAAACAAGGUCAAGCGAUUCAUCUAUGGAUGCUACCUGUGCUACAAAUCCAGCGUUACGUUGAGGUUUAAAGUGUUUUGUGUUCAAUUUGUCGGCGUCCUGUUGUAGUUCGCUACAGCCUUCACAAUGUGGGACCAUGAAAUCAGAGCCAUGGCGUCCACUCACGCUAUAAUCGCCGCUUCGGUGUUCAUGGCGACGGUGCUACCUGCUGUGCUCGUACCGGGCUUCUCGGUGUACGGCGCACACCUGCUGUGGCUCUACUCGGUGUCCGCUGCGGUCACCGCGGUCAGCGUGGCCGUGUUCUGGCUGCUCGGGAUCACACCGCCCGCCAAGAAGCACACGCUGGGAUACAAGCUGUCGAGGUUGCUUCGCUCCUGCCUGUACUUCUUCCUGUCGUGCCUGUUCUUCCACACUGUUGUUGUCUUAUACGGAGCUCCACUGAUCGAAUCUGCCUUAGAAACAUUCUCCCUUGCUGUGCUGCUGACUUCGUUAACCACGCUGAGGUGUCUCUGUGUCCUCGGCCCCAACGUCCAGGCCUGGAUACGAGUCUUCAGUCGCCACGGAGCUAUGUCUGUGUGGGACACCUGUCUGCAGAUCACUGUGGCCUGCACACUUGUUGGAGCCUGGGUCGGAGCAUUCCCCAUACCUCUGGACUGGGAUAGGCCCUGGCAGGUCUGGCCUGUUUCCUGCAGUUUUGGCUCUUUGUUCGGCUACUUGACCGGGCUUGUUGCCGCUCCAGCGUGGAUCCAUUAUAACCGCAAACAGCUCACAUACAAGUGCAAGUGAUAGUCAGACACACGUGUAUUAUGCCUGUGCUUGUGCGAAUGUAUCCACGAUGGUGUGACUCCUCAUCCUGCUGAAUUUCUCUCACUUUUUAUUAUUUAUUUGGGAGCAUUCACCCCCUUUGCAGCCUGUAGGGUUGUGAGGCAGUUUUGUAACAGCUCAGAGGUAUUAUUUUGUACACGUGAUGGCUGAAACUGAAUAUUUUUAAACGUAAUAAAAUAUUUUCUUCGGUAA